UGCAAAUAUAUAUCUGAAGUCUUAUUCUUUUCUCAUCAUGUCGUAUAAAGCAUCAGGCACCAUAUCCUUAGAUAUCCACAGAAACGAAUACAAUAGAUUCGGUGGACCUGUCACAUUUACCAAUCGCUACUUGAAAGUUAAACCCCGUGAAAUUGUGUUACGAGCUGCAGCAUCUCUUGCUCCACCCUGUACUAAAUUUUUUAAAAGAACAGAGCUUGAUUUAAUUGGUCCUUUGAUAGCCCUUGUUAUCCUAAUAAUGAUAAUUCAUUAUGGAUACAUUUUCAAGGAUCCAACUGCCACCGAUAGCUUCAUCGCUCCUAUAAGUACAGUUUUCAGUUAUGCUGUGUUUGUACCUAUUGUUGGAUUUAUAAUUUGCAAAUUUGCUAGAGCAGCGGUAACUUUUUGGGACAUUGCAACUUUAUUGGGAUACGGAUUAUAUUCACAUAUAAUUAUACUCUGCAUGAAUCUUGUAAUUUAUCAGGAAGAGAGUAAUACUUUCUUCUUUAUUUGUCUUUUUAUUUUUGGUGGAUCCAGUGCACUUAGAAUGUCAAUUAUUCUAUUAAGCACUAUUCCUAAACCUGCUGCGAGAUUACUCGUAUGUUCUACACUCUUUAUUAUUCAUCUUCUUUAUGCGAUUUUCUUGUACUUUACUUAUAUGCAUCCCACAUUUGUUUAUGGGAUUGGAAAUUCUAAGAAAGUUUCAAAUGUAAUUCAUAAUAAUUUGUGACACUGUUUCUAUAAUCAUUUUUAUUUAGGCUUUGUUCUUUACCUUCUAGAAAAAUUUAACAAUUUAUAGAUAAUAAUAAAAUUCAGAUAUACGCUUUA